AUGGAUGGAGAUCUGGUAGCGAGGUGCUUGAAGUUCAUGCGAAUCAAUGAUAAUCGACUCAUAUUCCCUACAACGGUCAAUGCCAAUCCAGGCAAAGGAAAUGUUCGACUUGAGGUUGCCUUCAUUCACCUGUUGGAACAGUUUCGUCGUGCAUAUAUCAUGGACCAGAUAACUAAGUCGAGCCCUGUAUAUGACAAACUGAAUACGGAGCUAGGCAUUUCCGACGAGACAGACAUGCUUAGUGUGAUUGUUCAGAAAAUCCUGACAAAUUUGAAAUACUGGGCAACAAACGAGCAAAUUUUGGAGUUGUCAUUGUCUCUUCUCAAAGAUCUCUCACUGGGCUAUACGGCAGUUCGAAAAUUGUUCCGGUUACAGGAAGUUCAACUGCUUCUCAGUAAUCAUACGGCCGAACAUUUCGUAUUUCUUGGGCAAUCUGUACCAUACUCAACUAUGAAACAUCGUACCGUAUUCUACGAAGCUCUCACACGUCUUCUUACCAUUGAUCUCAACGAUGAUGAACAGUUGUUUGAACAGUUUAUGCAGCCAUUGGCAGCGACCAGUCGGGAAUUGACAGCCAUAAUGACUACACCGAACUAUAAUGGAGCGGUUAGUCAAGAAGAGUUGAAGAGAGUCGUCGUAGGAUUGUGUCGGGAUUUACGAGGAGUUGCCGUUGCUUGCACGACCAAAAACUUGUUUCAAAUAGUAUUUGACUGGCUAUAUCCUGACAUGUUUAAUAUUAUGAUGCGUGCCGUAGAAGAAUGGUCAUCUUGCCCUGAAGUAAUGACUCCGAUUUUUCGCUUGCUGGCGGAGUUGUGCCAAAACCGGCAGCAACGUCUAAAGUUUGAAAUGAGCAGCUGCAGUGCCGUUCUACUUUUCAAGGAAGCGAGCAAGAUUAUCUGCGCAUACGUGCCAUUUUACGUACUUGAGACUUCGACGGUUACGCGUUUUUUCGAAUCACUAAUGCUUAGAUAUCCUGACAUGUUUAAUAUUAUGAUGCGUGCCGUAGAAGAAUGGUCAUCUUGCCCUGAAAAAAGCCGUUUUACUCAUCGGGUUCAGGUAAUGACUCCGAUUUUUCGCUUGCUGGCGGAGUUGUGCCAAAAUCGGCAGCAACGUCUGAAGUUUGAAAUGAGCAGCUGCAGUGCCGUUCUACUUUUCAAGGAAGCGAGCAAGAUUAUCUGCGCAUACGGUAAUAGAAUUCUUGUUAUGCCUGAUGUGCCAAAAGAGCGUGCUUAUGCCGAACGCUAUAAGAAUAUUGGAAUUAUAUUCAAUGUGCUGAAGUGUGCACUUAUCGGAGCCUAUGUGCCAUUCGGAGUUUUCCGAUUAUAUGGUGAUCCCUGCCUCCAAGAUUCCCUCAAUAUGUUCGUUAAGCUGUUCAUGAAAAUUCCUGAGGAAGAUUUUCACAUCUUAACCUCCAUGAUGACUUCUCUGAUGUUUGGUGAGGUUAAAUGUCAAUGGAGCAUAUCUCGCCCGCUACUUGGACUGAUUCUGCUGCAGGAAGAAGUCUUCACUAAUUUCAAACGUGAGAUUAUAUCGCAACAACCAGAGGAUCGCCAUGCAGCGUUCGAUCAGGCGACUAAAAACGCUGCUUAUCCGACAUUUUUCGAUUACGAACUUUUGCAGGCAUUUAUUGGGUUGAUGGAUGGUGUUGAACUAUCGCUCAGCGUUAAAAACAAGGAUAUCUUCACUCAAAACCUAGCAAAGUUUCGUCGAGAAAUCGUCGAAGCGGUCAAAGGCAAAGAGGUGUCGCCAUCAGUCAGCAAUAAUGAUAUGUGCUAG